GAGGUGGGGUAGAACAGCGGGAGCUGCGCGGAUGGGAACCCUACCGUUUUCCUCCGGAGCUCUUUCGCAGGACUUCUUCUUUUGGACGGGUCCAGGAGGAGAAGCGCUACAAAGCAGCCACUGUGCUUUCUGAACGGCCUCCCCCUGUAUCGCUUAAUUGAGAAGGUAUACAAAUGCUCUCAGUCCAGCCAGACACCAAGCCGAAAGGUUGUGCUGGCUGCAACCGAAAGAUCAAGGACCGGUAUCUUCUAAAGGCACUGGACAAAUAUUGGCAUGAAGACUGCCUGAAGUGUGCCUGCUGUGACUGUCGUUUGGGAGAGGUGGGCUCCACCCUGUACACUAAAGCUAACCUUAUCCUUUGUCGCAGAGACUAUCUGAGGCUCUUCGGCGUAACGGGAAACUGUGCUGCUUGUAGCAAGCUUAUCCCUGCCUUUGAGAUGGUGAUGCGUGCCAAGGACAAUGUUUACCACCUCGACUGCUUUGCAUGUCAGCUUUGUAAUCAGAGAUUUUGUGUUGGAGACAAAUUUUUCCUAAAGAAUAACAUGAUCCUUUGCCAGACGGACUACGAGGAAGGUUUAAUGAAAGAAGGUUAUGCACCCCAGGUUCGCUGAUCUAUCAACAUCACCCCAUUAAGAAUACAAAGCACUCCAUUCUUUUAUCUUUUUUGCUCCACGUGUAUAUAAGAAUUGACACAGGAACCAACUGAAUAGCGUAGAUAUAGGAAAGCAGGAUGGUUAUAUGGAAUAAAAGGCGGACUGCAUCUGUAUGUAGUGAAAUUGCCCCAGUUCAGAGUUGAAUGUUUAUUAUAAAAGAAAAAAGUAAUGUACAUAUUGCUGGAUUUUUUUGCUUGCUAUUCGUUUUUUUUGUGUCACUUGGCAUGAGAUGUUUAUUUUGGACUAUUGUAUAUAAUGUAUUGUAAUAUU